AUGGCGGAUUCGUCUUCGGAUCCUGAGAGGGGGAAUUAUGGGGAUGAGAAGCAUAUCGAUGGGAAGGGGGGCGAGUAUGUUGACAGAGAAAAUCUUGCUGAGAGUGAGGUUCUUGAGUUUAACGAGACGAGGGAUUUGAGGUUUGUAGUUCGAUUUGUAUUUUCGCGUGUUUAAGUAGGGAUGUGUGUUUGCUGAUGUUGCUAGACGGGGUCUUGGUCAGAGACAUAUUCAAAUGAUCGCGUUAGCUGGUACGAUUGGAACUGUGAGUUUACUUGCAUCUAGACCUCGAGGUUCGCAAUGACUGACUAAAAAGGGACUAUUUCUCGGUUCUGGGAAAGCUCUUGCGAGAGGUGGGCCUUUGGGUGCUUUGUGAGAGAUUCCCCGUGCUUGUGAUGGAAUUUAAGCUGAUGUAUUGGAAGUAUGGGAUAUACCAUAGUCGGUGUCCUAGUAACUGGUGUAGUACUCAGUAUUGCCGAACUAAGGUACCUCGCUGCCUCCCACCUCAUCUCCCCUACAUCCUGAAUUCUCAUUAACAAAACUCGCAAUAGUGCACUCGUCCCCCUCAGCAGCGCCAUCAUCCGCCAUGCCGAGUUCUUCGUCGACCCAGCUCUCUCUUUCGCGCAGGGAUGGAAUUCUAUAUAAAACUACAUGGUUUCCCUACCAGCAUAGAUCGUGGCGGCCGCGGUGAUUGUCGAGUUCUGGAAUACGCAUGUGGCUUCGGCUGCUUGGAUUACUAUCUUUGGGGUGCUGCUUGUUGUUAGUAAUUUGUUGUUUGUGAGGGUGUAUGGGGAGUUGGAAUUUACGUUUGCGAGGUGAGUGAGUUCUGGGAUGUUGAGUCGAAUCUGGAGAUUCAGGGCUGAUGAGAUUACCGCGGAUAGCUUGAAGAUUUUGUUGAUUAUUGGUAUCAAUAUCAUGGUGAGUGGUUUGUUCACUAAGUACCUUGUACCCACACUCGAAGGGUUGCCCCAUUUGGAACAGCUUAGGGUGCUUCAAGUUGUUAGGCGAGAAGAUUUUGAGGAGUUGGAAUUUUCUUCUCAGUCUUCUUGGUUGAUGAUUAUGGAUUAGCCGAGAGUGACCAAAAACAAAGCAUGAACCUGAGAAGAACAAAGCACCUUUUCAUCUCAUCCUCAUCUGUUUACCUCCCACUGUCCGAAUUUGCAAAAGAAAAAGCGUUUGCUAAUCUAAUGAAAAGGCACUUGUCAUUACCUGCGGUGGAGGUCCAGAUGGCCACCACUACGGAUUCCAAUACUGGAGAAACCCCGGUCCUUUCGUUCACUACCUAGGGUACAAAGGUUCCUUAGGACAAUUCAUGGGCUUCUACACCACUCUAUCGAACGCAGUUUAUGCAUAUUCGGGAGUUGAAAGUAUAUCCCUAGCAGCAGCAGAAACCCAAUCUCCUCGUCGUAAUAUCCCAAUUGCUGCGAAGAGGAUAUUCUUCCGGGUAGCUAUAUUCUAUAGUAAGUUGGACAAUUCAAAAGUUGACCAUGUGAGAGGGACUAAUGUGUUAUAGUGCUUUCUAUAUUCAUGGUUGGUUUGAUUGUUCCAAGUAAUGACAAGGAAUUGCUGCAAUCUACCGGAAAUGCUGCUCAGAGUCCUUUCGUUAUUGCGGCUACGAGAGCGGGUAUCAAGGUUGUACCUUCGAUUAUCAACGCGGUUAUACUCACAUCUGCUUGGUCGGCCGGGAACUCAGGUAAGUCGUUCUCAAACCACUUCUACCUAAAACACCAAUCAUCCCAAUCCUAACUCUUCUCCAGGUCUCCUAGCCGCCUCCCGAACCCUCUACGGCAUGGCCCAUCACCGACACGCCCCCAAGAUCUUCCUCCGCACCAACCGAAUGGGCAUCCCCUGGGUCGCCGUCUCCUUCAUGUCCCUCUCCAUCUGUCUCGGCUUCACGACCGUCUCCGACUCAGCCUCGACCGUCUUUUCCUGGCUCCAGGACUUGGUCUCUGUAGCGGCCGUCAUCCACUAUAUAAUCAUCUGCAUCGUGUAUCUGCGUUUCUUCUACGGGAUGAAGAGACAGGGUAUCGAUAGGAAUGAAUUACCUUGGAAGGGACCCUUUCAACCAUACAUGGCGUGGAUGAGUCUCGUCUCUUUCUCGAUUUUGUUGCUUACGGGGGGGUAUUUGAGUUUUGCUAGGGGACAGUGGGUUUUCCUUUUAUUUUUCUACACCCUUUUUCUGUUGUCUUUCUUUCCUAGCACGGUUCUGAGCUAUGGACUAAUGGAGAGCAAAUAUUUGGGACACCGAACUCUUCGUCUCUUCUUACGUAAACAUCCCCAUCAUCAUCAUCCUCUAUCUCGUCUACAAACUCAUCAAGAAAACGAGUAUCAUUCCCCUCGAAGACCUUCCGAUCUGUCACUUCCUCGAUAUCGCGGCGGCGAACCCGGAGCCCCCGCCGAAGAAGAAGAGUGGGUGGAAGAAGUGGGCGGGGAUUUUGUGGAGUUAGACGGUAUUCUUGUUGAUCAGGGACUUGUUUGUUUAUCGUGCUUGGUGGGGGUAUUUUUGCGUGAAAGAGGGCGGCGCGAGUGGCUUGUCUUCGUUUUUUUUGUUAUAUGACUGAAUUGCAGAUGGUUCUGAUAGAGGAUCGAGAUGAUGAGUUCUUUGUAUAAUGCUGUUAGGGCUGUUCUAAAUGAAAUCAAUUCCGGUUUCACAAUGAGGGUUGGAUUUACUGUAGCAAGUACUCGAGUAUAGCUCCGAAAACAUUGGUUGCCUUGAAUACGUACACCAACUCAUAGCCGAUUCAAAAGCAAAUUUACA